CUGCCCAAAAAAAUAAGACCAGUUUUUAGUUCAGCCCAAGAGAGUGAAUUAGUCAACUAUUUAAAAGAUUGUGAAGCAAGAUUGUUCGGACUUUCCAACUCGAGAUCUGGCAUAAGCCAGAUAACAGCUGAUAACAGCUUGCAGAAAAAAAAUGGGAUAAAACAUCGGUUUGUAAAUGGAAUAGCUGGUGAAGAUUGGCUGCGAGGGUUUUUAAAACGGAAUCUGUCUCUAUCUCUCCGAAAACCUGAGAGCAGUUCGGCAGCACGUGCAGCUGGAUUCAAUCAAAUAGUGCAAGUGAAAAAUUGGUUGUCUCUACAUCCCGGUAGAGUUGUUACUCCUGACACUAUUCCGAUGUUGUUCAGCAAGGCUUUGCAAGAGGCAGCAAAACCGCAAUCAAUAAUUAAUGGGUUUCAGAAGACCGGCAUUUAUCCAUUAAAUUCGAAUAUUUUUGAAUCAAGAGAUUUCGCUCCCGCUGAAGUAACAAAUAAUAAUAGACCUGCAGCAUCAUCAUCAAAUAACCAAGAUUCAUUAUCACAGAAUAUAGAACCCGAAGAACCAGUUAUGGAAAAACUUUCUCAAAGUUUGAGUGGCUUGCUGAAAAAUGACACCGAAAAAAUAUUUACUGAUGAACCAGCUGCUUCUACUUCUACUGGCACACCAACUUUGAGAUCCCAAGUCGGUUUUUUCAGACCAAGAGUAAUUGACUCCAGUUCUGAUGAAGAGUCUGGUGGUCGUGGUGAG